UCACAUAUUUUGUCACGUCGAGAGGCUGGAAUCAGGAAGUGGACUUGUAAUGUACUAUUUUGAUUGCGCUCCUCGCUGUUCAACUAUCUAAUAACAAGCUCAAAAUGGGCCUUUUUGGGAAAACACAAGAGAAACCACCGAAGGACCUUAUCAACGAGUGGUCUCUCAAAAUCAGGAAAGAAAUGAGGGUUAUUGACAGACAGAUUCGAGAUAUCCAACGAGAGGAGGAGAAAGUGAAGAGGUCAAUCAAAGAUGCUGCAAAGAAGGGACAGAAAGAUGUCUGCAUCAUCCUCGCCAAAGAGAUGAUUCACUCAAAGAAAGCCAUCAACAAGCUGUACGCCUCCAAAGCUCAGAUGAACUCUGUGCUGCUCAGUAUGAAAAAUCAGCUGUCUGUAUUAAGAGUGGCUGGCGCCUUGCAGAAGAGCACAGAGGUCAUGAAGGCCAUGCACAGCCUGGUUAAAAUCCCAGAGAUUCAAGCCACCAUGAGAGAACUCUCAAAAGAGAUGAUGAAGGCUGGAAUCAUAGAGGAGAUGCUGGAGGAUACACUGGAAGGGAUGGAUGACGAGGAGGAAAUGGAGGAAGCAGCGGAGGCUGAGGUGGACAAGAUCCUCUUUGAGAUUACAGCCGGUGCACUUGGGAAAGCUCCCAGCAAAGUCACAGAUGCCCUGCCUGAUCCAGUGCCAAUUGGAGCCACGGCAGCCUCAGAAGAGGAAGAAGAAGAAGAAGAGGAAAACAUCGAGGAGAUGCAGUCCAGGCUAGCAGCGCUGAGGAGCUAAACACCUGUGUUUUUAACCCUUCAGCUCUAUAGGCAUAGACAACAUAUCUUUCUUCCUCUGUAGCUUCUCUUACCCAUGAAGACACUUUGGCACAUUAAAUUCAGCACUAAAUUCGGACUUCACAUAAAAUGAACAAAACUAUAUGGAUAGUGGAUAUUAAAAAUAAGAUGAACCCUAUAUGACAUAUAAUAAAGAACAGUGAAGUCAGAUAUUUAGUUGUUAUGUGGUAGCAGGUGGAUGAUGACUUUUUACUUAAGCCCAUUUUAUUUCUAGAUGUUCUGACUCCACUCAUUUGAAUCUGUGCCUAUAGUUAAGCAGCUUGUCCAUGAAUCUAUUGCAGUGCAGUUGUGUCACAUCAGUGUUGAUCGUUAUCGUUUUGUCUGUGUUGUCGAAUUUGCAGUUUUAUCUCAAGCCUUAUUUAAGCUGAGUGAAUAGUUCUGUCCUAUAUCUGGUACAAUGGUUUUUACUGAGUAGGUAAACAAACUCAUGAAAGCCAUUUCUUGUAAAUCUUGUACAAAUACAUAAAAAUAUAUCCGUUUGCAUUGUUGUUUUGUAAGUAAAGUUGUCAGCAAGGUAUAAAACAGGCUUUGGGAAUAAAGUAACGGUUGUGCUCGAUAACUGACUGGAUUUACACACAAGGUGUUUCAGACUUCUAUCGCAUUUCUGUCUUUGUUUCUGCUACUUUUGGACUUUUGUUAUGGUUUAAAUGCACAUAUGUAUAUAUUUUUAUGUUGCUUAGAUGACUGAAAUGCUUACAUAACAGAUGUUCCCCUGAUGAUGGAAAUGGCUGACAAUUUAUAUUAUAAUUCCUUCAAUUUUAGGUUGAAUAUCAGUGGAAUAUAAUUGCUAUAAUAAUUCUAUUAUGUCUACAUAUGAAACAGCUACUCUUAUGUAUUCUGACUUUAGUUUUGGCAUGACCAAUUUAGUAUGGCAUGACCAAUUUAGUAUGGCAUGACCAAUUUAGUAUGGCAUGACCAAUUAAUAUCUGCUUAUUUGGCAUAAAUUGUGCAGUCUGGAGUGACAAGUACAUAGAUUUUGUACAGAUCCAGGCUCCGUAUGUCGCUGAAUGAACCAAACUGAAUAUUAUGCUUCAUUUCAGAUAUUUGCUGUUGUAGA